UCCUAGUCGGUUGUGAUUGGUCGACAAUCUGCAGUUACUCGGCUGACACGUAACUAAGAUUAAAGGUGCAAUGGAGGCCUCGUCCUGACUGGAGUUUGUAACUUCUGAACGAGCUCGAAUUCGUCGAAAGCCCCCGGUUCUGGACGGGAGGAUAGGAAGGCUUUCGGUUUGUUUUGGAUGUUUUAAACGACAAAACGGAGCGGGAGCUUGACUUGAAGCGGGGCGAAAGUCUGAGCGGCGGCUUUGAAGUUAAAAUAAUGCACACCCGGACAAUCCCUCGCGCCUCAGUCGUACAGUCUUAGUAGAAUGGUUGGGAAGUGAGGGGCUGGGGGGUUAAAAGUUGAGGUGUAAGUUUCCAGCAGCAGCGACGGGACUCUCUGGCGUAGACGGUGGGGGGGCGCGAGGGUCCAACAUGGGAAACGGGGUGUGCUCCCGGAGGCAGCGGAGGAUCUUCCAGUGCCUCGUCCUGGUCACCGUGGUCGGCGGAAUGAUGUACGGGGGGAUGAUGUCGUUCGAGAUGCACAAGCAGCUGCAGAGGACCGAAGCGAUGGCAGUGAAGUAUCAGCAGCAUCAGGAGUCUCUCUCGGCUCAGCUCCAAGUGGUCUACGAGCAUCGCUCUCGCUUGGAGAAGUCUCUUCAGAAGGAAAGGUUGGAGCACAAAAAGGCCAAAGAAGAUUUUCUGGUUUAUAAGGUUGAGGCUCAACAAUCCCUAAACAAGGAGAAACAAGAGGCCAACAGCAAGUUAAACUCCUUACAAGCUCAACAUCAAAUACUGAAGAAUCAGCACGAGGAGCUGAAGAGGCAGUACUACGAACUGCACGAGCAGCACCAGCUGCAGGGCGAGGACCACAGCCGGCUGCUGGGUGAGCACAAGGAGCGCUUCGAUAAGCUGCAGAGAGCCAAAGAAGUGGAAGUCUCGCAGCUCAAAGAGAGCGUGUAUAACUUAAGAGAAGAGAAUAAACAGCUGAGGAAAGCUCACCAUGACAUCCACACCCAGCUACAGGACACACAGGUCCAGCAUCUGGACCUGAAGGCGGCCCACGAGCAGCUCAGGAUGACUCUGGAGGACCACAAGAGCGCGCUGUCUGCAGCUCAGGCGCAGGUGAAUGCAUACAGACAGCAGAAGGAGUCUUUGGACAGGAGGUCCAGUACAGCUCAGUCUGGUCCAAACCCGACUCAUCAGCAGCUACAAGCGGUCGUCGCUACACAAGAGCCCGAUGCUCAUGAAAACCAGCCGGCAGCCAUACUGGAACAGUCGCAUAAGGAGGGGCGUGUUCAGGAAGAACCCCAUGCUCACCAGGACACGGAGUCACGGGUGGGACAUCAGGCGGAUGCAGGUCUCCAGUCUGAGGUCGUCUCCCAGCACGCCGUUUCAGAGAGGGAGGAGGACGGCGAGGGAGAGGCAGAGCGGAGGAGGGAGCUGGCAGAGGAGGAGAUGGCCCAAGCAGGAAAACCGGAGAAGCUGGAGGAAGACCUGGACCAACCCCAGCCUGAGCAUCUGGAAGAGGAGGAGGAGGUGGAGGAAGAGGAGAAGCCCGACGAGAAUGCUCUGGACCGACAGAAACGUCAGCCGCAGCUGGUUGGGAAUGCGAAGUCCCCCUACGAGCAGCAGCAGGAGCAGCAGCGCAUGGAGGUGCUGAGGGCGGAGGAGCGCAGGCAGAUCCAGAGGCGACAGCAGGCCCUGCAGGCCCACAGAGAUCAAGUGCUGAGGGAAAGGGAGCAGCGGCUUAAGGAGGAGAAGGAAAGAGAGGAGCAGCACCACAGGGAGGCUGACAGACGGGAGCAGCUGCUGAAGGAGGAGCAGCAGAGGAGGAGGAUGGAGUACGAGAACGUGGACAAUGAUAUUGUUCAGGGAGAAGAAGACCAUAAGGCUAAUGAUGUGGAAGAGAGAGAUGCUGUGUUAACCGAGGAAGAGGAGAAACAGGAAGUGGAUCGCAGGAUGCAACCACAUCAGAAUGCUGUUGAUGGUGAGGUGGACCCGGAGGACGACCCCAACAACCAGGGAGAGGAUGAGUUUGAGGAGGCAGAGGACGAGCGGAGGCCACACAGGGCUGCGGAGGAGGAAGAGGAGGGGGGGGUGGAGGAGGAAGAGGAGCCGGCAGCGCCAGCUCAGCAGAUCCCACAGCGUCCUGAACAACCUGCUGCUGACGAAGAACUGGUGAUUGCUGGAAACCCAGAUCAACAGGAAGACACCCUGGAUGAUCAGUACCAGGAAGAAGCAGAAGAUGAGGCUCAGGAAGACGCAGCUGGAGAGAAAAAAAGAGAGGAAGGGGGGGAUGGGGGUGAAGAGGAAGGGGAGGAUCCUUAUAAUGAAGAGAACAUAGAACAGGAUGACAUAAAGCACCAAGAAGGGCCCAGAAGGGAGGAAAACCACCCAAACGGAGCAAAAGAGAAUGAGGAGGAGCAUUACGAGGAGGAGGAGGAGGGAGUGGAGGAGGACGGUGCCGCUCCCAACAGGAGCCGGAGAGCAGAGAUGUAGGAGGAGCAGAACCUUCAGCUGCAGUGCCUUUCUGAAGCCCGCCCGCCUCACUCUUCCACUAGCUUCCAGAAGAACCUGCCGAUCAAUCAGAGUUCCUCUUUGGAAAACUGGGAGAAUAAAUGCAAACACUGUACUCUGUGAGAAGGACUGGAUUUGCAGCGCGUAGCCUGCACUUAUACUGUAUAUUUUUAGUCGUAGCUUUUUUAUCUGCUUUUUUUUACCUGUUCACACAUCUGCCUGAUUAAGUGCCUCACAGCGUAUGUUUUAUCAUUGUGAUGUUUUAGUGAAAUGACAGCAAAGAUAAAUUAUAUUAUCCGUUUAUUGUCUUCUCGUUCAGACUUCUGUUAUUUUUCAUGCAGACGGCCAUGUUUUUGAGCAGGAAUUCAAACUCCAGUCGUGACAUUUAGUUAUUUAUUGCUGCCGACAGCUUUGACAAUCAGAAAGCUGUAGCCUUUAGAGGUUCUCUUCCCUUACAGAAGUGGCUUUUACCUGUUUCUAGAGUUUGGUAUGCAGGAAAACGGAUAUUUCUGCAAAUCCCAAUUAAAGAAACGUCUGGUGAAGGUUCUUCAAUGCCCGGUAUCACCGUGACUUGUGCCUUUCCACUUUUGGAUCUCUUUUUUUUUUGUCAAUCUACACUUUAGAGAAGCAUUUAUAUCUGAAGAGCUUUGAGCUGGCAAAAAUGGUGAAGAUUGCAAGUCCAGAGCUGGUUUGAAGACACUAAUGUAAAGCAGCUUCCUCAGUCUUCUGUCCAAUGUAAAAUAAAAUAUUUGUAAAAUUUGUACACCAGCAAUAUUUAAUGCAAAAGGAGGGACUUUGAGUGUAUUGAUUCAUGCUUUUGUGGAUGAAAUGGAAUAAAAGGUUGAAUGGUUUUAAGAGAA